UAAUUACCGGCCUACAACUCUUCUUUUUAUUUUCUCCAGCUUUCGUCACUCCCUUGUAGUCGCCCACCGCACGUAGCAUGCCUCGAUUCGCUAUUUUAGCCGUCGUCGGAGCGACAAUCGCAACGGUUGCAAGUCAACCCGCCCUUCGAGCCUUCAUUUCGAAAUGGUCCGGGAUCAGAGCGCCUGGCGGUGUUUGGAGGAUUCUAGCAGUACUUCUUGCGUUAGCAAACUUAAAGAACCUCCCGGGCGUCUGGCAUAUCCGCUUCUUCCGAGCCUUCUUUUACCAGCUAUACCUCCAGCCUACCCCGAUACCUCCCCAUGCUUUGUUUCAACCCGUCGUCACAUCCACACGCACACCCCUGAUGGAGACGGACUAUAACAUCCACAAGUCCAACUCCACAUACUUCUCAGAUAUGGAUGUCUCACGAACACACCUCUUCACUGCAAUAGUACGCAACGGGAUACUAAAAAAUUCUAGGCGAUAUGGACAGGGGAGAUCGCAAAAGGGUGUAGACAGUGCUGAACCGCGACACGAUUACAUGAUUGCGCUAGGUGGUAUCAGUUGUCUCUUUAAGAAGGAAAUUCUCCCAUACCAGAAGUUCGAGAUGUGGACGCGGUUGUUGACGUGGGAUAGGAAGUGGUUUUAUCUUGUCACGCAUCUGGUGAAACCUGGAGUAGCGAAACCUCCGAGCUGGACGCUUCAGCCCUGGAAGAAGGGCGAGAAACAGAAGAAGAGAGUUAAUGGGGAGGAGAAGCAGUAUGCGGAAGAGACGAGGGAAAAGCUAAAGGGUGCGAUUUUUGCGACAGCCCUGGCCAAGUAUGUGGUUAAGAAGGGGAGAAUUACAGUGCCUCCCGAAGAAGCACUCCGGAAUGCCGAAAUGGUCCCGUUGAAACCUGAGGGUUGGGAAUUUCAGAGUAGUGCACACGGAUUUGUCGAUGGAGACGUGGACUCCGUCUUUCCUCGCGUAGUCGGAGAGAAAUGGAAUUGGGACAUCAUCGAAGCGGAGCGACUUAGAGGCCUCAAAUUCGCAGAGCAUUUUGCUGCCUUCGACGGCUUACACGAGGUAUUUGACGGUGGAAAGAAUGGUGCCCUAGGAGAGUAUGCCGACUUGCUGUUUUAGAUAUACCCUGAGUUUGGUUGCUUG